AUGCCUCCAAACCAAAUCAAUGGGAUCUCGGCUCAUCAAGCCGAGCCCGCUGCAAGCUCUCUCAUGAAUGCCUCAGCUACGCAACGGCCCGAUUCGGCUUCCUCAACCUCGACAGCCGGUGAGGUGUCUGAACCUAUACCACGGCAUGCCGUACGUUUUCCCUCGGGUACGAAUGUGACAACCCUUGCCGACACAAACGGACUUGGGAAACAAUUCAUAGCGGAUGAUGCCUCCUCCAGGGACGAUUCCGAUGCGGACGAUGUCACCGGCAACGGUGUCAAUGGCACGGAAAAGCCCAAGACUGCUUUGUUCCGCUCCAAAAGUGAUUUUGGUCCCAGAGCGGAUGGGGCAGGCAAAAGCGUCGCGGAACAUGACGAAGGUGGUUGGACUAUGCGGCAUGGCUGGGAAGACCAAUACUCCUCUGAAGAGUAUCUGUCCUUGCUGACCUCCGCUUUUUACAUGUACUACACAGAUAAACGCCACGAGACCGGAGGAAAUCCCAAAGAUGAAGGUCAGCCAUAUCCACUCCAAGAGUGGCGUAUGAAAGAUCGUUUGAAGACGGUGUCAGCAGCACUUGCCAUUUGUCUCAACAUUGGCGUAGACCCGCCGGAUGUGAUCAAAACCAAUCCGAGCGCGAAGCUAGAAUGUUGGAUUGAUCCUCUUUCAACCAACACGGCAGCCCCGAAGACGAUGGAGCAAAUCGGAAAGAAUUUACAAACUCAAUACGAGACUCUAAGUAUUCGUACUAGAUAUAAGCAGUAUCUCGAUCCCUCAGUCGAAGACACCAAAAAGUUUUGUUGCUCACUCCGGCGCAAUGCCAAGGAUGAAAGGGUCCUCUUUCACUACAAUGGCCAUGGAGUGCCCAAGCCAACGCAGUCGGGAGAAAUUUGGGUCUUCAACAAGAACUACACACAAUACAUUCCAAUUUCACUCUAUGACCUACAGUCAUGGCUGGGUGCGCCGAGUCUUUUCGUCUACGACUGCUCGGACGCGGGAAACAUCAUCUACAACUUCAACCGUUUCAUCGAAAAGCACGAAGCGGAGAAUGCCGAAGUAAGAGACAAGGACCCGAACGCUCAGAUCAUGAGCUUCAGCGACUGCAUUCAGCUGGCAGCAUGUGGUCGGACGGAGACGCUACCGACCAAUCCUGAUUUGCCCGCCGAUUUGUUCACUUGCUGUUUAACAACUCCUAUUGAAAUCGCACUCCGUUUCUUCUAUCUGCAAAACCCUUUACCUACCAGCUUGAGCGCGGAAGACGUGCAGAAGAUUCCCGGUCGUCUCCAGGAGCGCAGAACACCACUGGGUGAGCUAAAUUGGAUCUUCACUGCCAUUACGGAUACCAUUGCCUGGAAUAUCCUGCCACGCCCUCUUUUCAAGAAACUGUUUCGCCAGGAUCUUAUGGUUGCCGCAUUGUUCCGCAAUUUCCUUCUAGCACAGAGGAUCAUGCGAGUCUACCAAUGUCAUCCGCAGUCAUGGCCAGAGCUUCCUGAAACGCACCACCACCCGCUUUGGCAAAGCUGGGAUCUUGCCGUAGAAAUGGUUGUCUCUCAGCUUCCCAUGCUGAUUGAAGCUGAUGAGGGGCGGAGACAAUACGAGUAUCAGCAUUCCACCUUCUUCACUGAACAAUUGACAGCAUUUGAGGUCUACCUCAGCCACGGUGCCGUGGAACAAAAGGCCCCUGAUCAGCUUCCCAUCGUUCUCCAAGUCCUUCUUUCCCAAGUACAUCGACUGAGAGCGCUGAUCCUGCUCAGCAAGUUUCUUGACCUUGGGCCAUGGGCCGUGAAUCUUGCGCUUAGCAUCGGCAUAUUCCCGUACGUUCUGAAGUUGCUCCAGUCAGCAGCUCAGGAGCUGAAGCCAGUCAUGGUUUUCAUCUGGGCUCGCAUUCUAGCCGUUGACCAAUCUUGCCAAACCGAUCUUCUCAAGGACAACGGCUAUCAGUAUUUUAUAAGCAUCUUAAACCCUACCUCGGGUAUUCCGGUAGGAAAUGCAAGCGAACAUCGGGCCAUGUGCGCAUUCAUUGUGGCCAUGUUUUGCAAAGGAUUCCGUCAGGGUCAAGCGGUGUGCUUAGGACCAGAGCUUAUUGAUGCCUGCCUUCGCCAUCUCAGUGACGUUGAGAACCCGCUCCUGAGGCAAUGGUCUUGCUUAUGCAUAAGCAUGUUGUGGGUAGACUUUCCAGAGGCGAAGUGGGUCGGAAUUCGAUGCCUUGCUCAUCAAAGACUCUGUGAAAUGGCCCUGGACCCCGUACCGGAGGUCCGCGCGGCUAUGCUUCACGCACUCACCAGCUUCUUGGGCAUUCCCGACCUCACUGAUCAAGUCGCGCAAAUUGAAGAGUCCAUUGCUUCCACAAUAUCAGUUAUGACUACCGAUGGAAACAGUAUGGUUCGAAGAGAAUUGCUCGUAUUCUUUUCGACUUUUGUCAAACGAUAUGAAAAUAAGUUUAUUGUGGCGGCUUAUGAGCAGAUGGUUGAAGAGCGCGACUUUCUCCGGCAUCCUCAGUCUGAUGCAAGUUUACUUCGAGAGUAUAGAUAUGCCUACUCAAAGAGCGGCUCCCAUUCGGCAGACGGCGGAAUAUCCAAGGGAAUUUCACAAGACAGCGUUCACGGUAUGAUUUGGAAACAUCUGCUCAUCAUGUCGAUCGAUCCUCAGCCAGAAAUUGCUCGAGAUGCGGGGAUUAUUGUGGAUUAUAUCCAUGAUGCAGCCCUCCAGUCGUCUCUGGCCCCACUCGUCCAGCCAGCUAUUGACGAGAUCAUUCGUCUGUCGAGCCGAUCCUCCCUGAGACUUGCGCCUGUGGAAACUGCUACGAAGAUUUCUCCGGUACCAACUUCUCCCACACAGUCCAACACGCCCAAGCCAGAAGGUUAUAUUUCUCUUGGCAUGAAGCGCACUGCAAGUGUUGCAGCAUCUUUAAAAAACCUCGCCCUUCACGGCACUACGACACCGGAACCCGGGUCGGGUUUUAAGACGCCUGGAGACCAGAGACUUUCUGGACCUCCGCGAUCUCGAACACCCGCCGAGUGGAGCAGGCCUCCAGAUGAGAACGACCAAUUCUCGAGUACUUCAUCUUAUCAGCCUGCCAGGGUUCCAACCUCAAGGGCCUUCAGAUCGAGAGAUCUCAAAGAUCAACCCACUCUUCCGUUGACCAGCAAGUUCUUGGAGUGGUCUAUCGAGUACUUCCGAGAGCCGCAAAUGAAGCCGAGCGAAGCGGAUGAGCCAGGGAGUGUUGACUAUAAUCAGCGCUUGUGGCGUCGGACACGCAAUGAAAGAAUCAUCGCCAUGACGCAGCCGCAGAAGGAGCAGGCAGCAACAAGCAGAUGGAGUCAGCCGUCAGGCUUCUUGAACAAUGGAAACCAGCCAAGCAAGCUCUGUUUCCACCAAUUCGAAGAUCACCUGGUUGUCACAGAUGACCGGGACAGCGUAUGUAUCUGGGAUUGGCAGCAGCAACAGCGUCUCAGUCGAUUCUCGAAUGGCAAUCCGUCGGGCUCAAAGAUCACAGACGUUCGGUUCAUAAAUGAAGACGACCAAGCACUAUUAAUGACCGGCUCAUCAGACGGGGUGAUUAAGGUGUUUCGGAAUUACGAAGAGCAGCAAAAAGCUGAAGUGGUCACUGCAUUCAGAGCCUUAACUGACCUAGUUCCAAGCAACAAGAAUGCUGGACUGGUAUUUGACUGGCAACAAGGUCAAGGAAAGAUAUUAGUAGCUGGAGAUGUCAAAGUCAUUCGAGUGUGGAAUGCAGCCACCGAGAUCUGUACAAACGACAUUCCCGCACGUUCUGGGUCAUGUGUCACAUCCCUUACCUCUGAUCAAGUAGCUGGUAAUGUGUUCAUUGCUGGCUUUGGUGACGGAGCCGUUCGAGUUUAUGAUCAGCGUCUGAGACCGGCCGAAGCUAUGGUAAAAGUCUGGAGGGACCACAAGCAGUGGAUCACCAACGUACAUAUGCAACGAGGAGGCAUGCGAGAGCUAAUAAGCGGAAGUCGAAAUGGAGAUGUCAAACUAUGGGACAUUCGCAUGGACGCUCCGCUCCGGACGAUCAAAACAACCAACGAUGUGUUGAGAAGCUUGAGCGUACAUGAACAUGCGCCAGUAUUUGCAGUUGGUUCUGAACGACAUCACGUCAAGGUGUUCAACGUCAACGGAACACUCCUAUCCAGCGUAGAGCCCUAUUCAAGCUUUCUUCAUCAAAACCGGACGUCGCCCAUUUCCGCCACUGCCUUCCACCCUCAUCGCAUGAUGCUUGCGUGCUCUGCGCUGAACGAUACCAAUAUCAAUCUCUUCAGCUGUGAGGAGAAGAAACGAAAUGCUUGGGAGGGACUGACGUAG